UCAACCACAGUAACGAAUCGGACGCAAAAAGCAUUUAGGAAUAUACUCUCCUGAAACUUCUGCAACAAAAGAACGAAAAGGAUAAAGAUCACCUGUCGACCUCGCUAUUCGGACGAAGGAGCCGUUUGUUACUCUGAGAGGAAAAUCCUGCUGAGCCUCAUCCCGUUCCAUCAGCGUACCCCAUUGUGAAAAUGGGGUGAUUGCCUUUUAAGGGUCCAAAAGCAAGAAAACAAAAACCUGUCCUCAUGUCUGAAGACUCAAACUCCAAAGCCUACUUGUUCGCCUCUUUGGAGGGUCAGGAUGAGGCCGCGGGCCCCAGCACCAUGGCCCAGCUCCACCACAUGGGCGGCUUCACGGAGAACAACGAACUGGGCGUGGCGUCGGAGGGCAGCGACAGCAGCAGCCAGGAUCACCCGACGUCGCCACGCAGCGACCGCAAAAUGGCGCGCUCCCUGCACGAGGAAGACGUCGAGAUGAAGAGCAGCGGCUCCAGCGGCAGCGGGACGGAGUCCCACGGCAACGAGUCGCGUGGCAACGAGUCCCACGGCAACGUGUCAAGCGGCAGCUCCAACAGCCGCAGCAAAGACUCAGCGCUUCUGGAACUGUCCGGAAGUAACAAAAGCUCCAACUCCCACAGUCCAUCUCCACCCAGCAGUUCCAAUGCCUUCAGUCUUCUCAGUGCAAGCUCUGAACAGGAUAACCCCUCUACCAGUGGCUGCAGCAGCGAGGAAUCGGCGAAAGCCAAGACGCAGAAAGAGCUCAUCAAGACAUUGAAAGAGCUGAAGCUACACUUACCGCCGGAGAAACGCAGCAAAGGGAACAAAUCCACGACGCUGAACACGCUCAAGUACGCACUGCGCUGCGUCAAGGAGGUAGAAGCUAACGAGGAGUACUACCAGCUGUUGAUGAUCAAUGACAGCCAACUUUCAGGACUCGACGUAUCCUCCUACACAAUAGAGGAGAUUGACAGCAUCACCUCAGAGUACACACUCAAAAACACUGACAUCUUCGCAGUCGCAGUGUCUUUGAUCACGGGGAAGAUUAUCUACAUAUCCGACCAGGCUGCAUACAUUCUGAACUGCAAACGGGAGGUGUUUAAAAAUGCCAAGUUUGUGGAGUUUCUGACGCCGCAAGACGUCAGCGUGUUCUACAGCUUCACCACGCCGUAUAGGCUGCCAUCGUGGAGCAUGUGCACAGGGGCCGAGUCAUCGCCGUCUGACUGCAUGCAGGAGAAGUCAUUCUUCUGCCGUAUUAGCGGGGGUAAGGAGUGUGAAGGGGACCUACAGUACUACCCGUUCCGUAUGACUCCAUACCUGAUGAAGGUCCAGGAUAUAGAGCAUAAUGAGGAUCAGUUCUGCUGCCUCCUGCUGGCAGAGAGGGUGCACUCCGGCUACGAAGCUCCCAGAAUUCCCACAGACAAACGCAUCUUCACCACCACCCACACUCCCAGCUGUGUGUUCCAAGAUGUGGACGAGAGGGCGGUGCCGUUGCUAGGAUACCUACCACAGGAUCUCAUUGGCACACCCGUGCUCCUGCACCUUCAUCCUAAUGACAGACCAAUCAUGCUUGGAAUCCACAGAAAGAUUUUGCAGUAUGCAGGUCAACCUUUUGACCACUCCUCCAUUCGGUUUUGCACGCGGAACGGCGAGUACAUCACCAUUGACACCAGCUGGUCCAGUUUCGUGAAUCCGUGGAGCAGAAAGGUCUCCUUCGUUAUUGGACGUCACAAAGUCCGCAUGGGUCCUGUGAAUGAGGACGUGUUUGUGGCUCCGUCGGUUGCAGAGGGCAAGGCCAUGGACUCCGACAUCCAGGAAAUCACAGAACAAAUUCACCGACUCCUACUACAGCCCGUGCAUAAUAACAGCUCCAGUGGCUAUGGGAGUCUGGGGAGUAAUGAUCACCUCAUGAGCGUCGCCUCCUCCAGCGACAGCAACGGAAACGGAGCUCGAGCCAGAGCCGAGGAAGAGGAGGGCGGCCGCAGCAAACCGAAAACAUUUCAGGAGAUCUGUAAAGGAGUCCACAUGUUAAAGAACCAGGAGCAGCAGUCCAAAAGAGGCCAAAUCAAGUUGACCCAGAAGAACACUGCGGUCCGGCCUAAAGACACAGCCUUCCCCGUGAACUGGAGGGACCCGUUAGGAAGUCCAGACGAUCCGCGGGCCAACGUAAACGAGGAGUUAGCGUACAAGGACCAGACCGUCUACUCCUAUCAGCAAAUCAGCUGCCUGGACAGUGUAAUCAGGUAUUUGGAGAGUUGUAACGUGCCCAUUACCGUAAAACGGAAAUGCCAGUCGUCGUCCAACACAACAUCCUCCAAUUCUGACGAAGACAAACAGAAAGGUGCCGAGAGGGCGAUGCAGGCAUCGGAAGAGGCUUCCCAUUUGAAGACCCAGUCUGGGAUAUCGCCUAUAGACGUCGCCAAGAAGCCCGUGGGCACUGCGGUAGUGGGCACCUCCCUGGCGCCCUUGGCACUGCCCAGUAAAGCGGAGAGCGUCGUGUCCAUCACCAGCCAGUGCAGCUACAGCAGUACCAUCGUCCACGUGGGAGACAAGAAACCACAGCCGGAGUCAGAGAUCAUUGAGGAUGUGGCGGGUGGAGGAGACACAGCAGAGGGUCCCACUCAGGCUGUUCCAACGAGCACAAUUUCUCCUCCCAGCCAGGAGAGGGAGCCAUACAAGAAGCUUGGCCUAACCAAACAAGUGCUGGCAGCCCACACACAGAAGGAGGAGCAGGCGUUCCUGAGCCGGUUCAGGGAGCUCCGGGGUGUUCACGCCUUUAAGGCCGACUGCUCCCUCUACCUGGAGAGGCAGAAGGGGCAGGUGGGAUCUGGAUGUGCACCCACUCCUCGUUCCACGAAGCAGGUUGGUGGAGCAGAGCACACGACACGACGAGGUGGACGGAACAAAAAGACGAAAUCGAAACGGGUGAAAAAAAACGAAUCGUCGGACAGUACCGUAUCCCACCGGAAGCAGCAGCCCAGGCCACCCUUACAGGGACUGAACCAGACCUCGUGGUCUCCCUCGGACACUUCCCAGUCCACGUUCCCCAUCACGUACCCGGCGGUGGUGCCGACGUACCCUCUCCAGAUGUACCCAGGCGCUAGCACCGUGCCGGCCCGAGUGGACCCCUCUCUCCCGGGCUUUAGGGACAAUCAGUGCAGCCCAGAUCCACGCUGCCACGUUCAGCCGCCUCCCCCUUUCUCCGGCCCCCUCGUAACCCCAAUGGUGGCGCUGGUGUUGCCCAACUAUGUGUUCCCACAGAUGGGCGCCACGCCUCAGCAGCCUUUUUAUCCGGACCAGGGUGCCUUUCCGCCCCAGGCAUUCCCUUCCCAGACGGCAUUCCCCAGUCAGCCCCAGCUGCAGCCUCGUCCCAGUUUUCCCAUGCAGACGCAGUUCGCCGCACAGAACCCUUUCACUCCACAGACUGCAUUCCCUGCGCAGCCGUUUCCCUUCCUGCACCCAGAGGUGCCCCCGAAAGCUCCAGAACCGGAACAGAGGGAGGGGCCAUCCCGGAGCUCCACCCCUCAGUCUGUGGGCGGACGUGACCAGCCGUCUCCGCCCUUGUUUCAGUCGCGGUGCAGCUCGCCCCUGCAGCUGAACCUGUUGCAGCUGGAGGAGACGCAGCGGUCGGUGGACAGGCAGGACAGCUCAGCUCCCUCUGCUGGAGCCCAGGGGAACAGCACCGGCGAGAAGGGAGUGAGCAGCACCAGUCAGGCAAAGAGUGACAAAGAGGUGCAGCAGCACCCAUUCGCUUGGCCUGGUCUAGUAGGCCUCAGUGGAGGGUCUCCUCGUUUUCCUCUGCCGAUGGGAAUCUUGUAUUCCGGGCUCAGAAAGACAGAUGUUGGGGUUUUAUCUGGGGAUAGACUAAUCUCUAAACUCAGGUCUCACAGCGAAGAGGACGCCGACGGUCACCAGAGCGAUGCCCUCUCAUCGUCCAGCGACUUGUUGGACAUCCUCCUGCCCGAAGAUUCCCAUUCUGGAACCGGGUCGGCUACGUCGGGCUCCAUGGGCUCUGGUUCCAACGGAAUGUCAGGGAGCGCGGGAUCGGCCAGCGGAACAGGGAGCAGCCACGCCAGCAACAACAGCAGUAACUACUUCGGCAGCGUCGACUCGUCUCAGAAUUCCCACAAGGCCAAGGGGCACGGCGGGGCGGGUCCGAUGGAGGUGGAGGAGAGCGAGCAUUUCAUCAAGUAUGUACUGCAGGAGCCCAUGUGGCUCCUCAUGGCCAACGUGGACGAAGGCGUUAUGAUGACAUACCAGCUUCCCCCACGAGACAAGCAGAAAGUCCUGCAAGAGGACCGGGAGAAGCUGCGACAGAUGCAGAAAAACCAGCCACGCUUCACCGAAGAACAGAAACGGGAACUGGCCGAAGUCCACUCCUGGAUGAAGAGAGGAGGCUUACCCAAAGUCAUCGACGUCAAGGAGUGCGUUGGUUGUGUGGGCAUGUCAGAGACCCUUACCGAAGAGGACCCUCCAGACCUGCACAUGGGGGAGGUGGAGACAAACGAAAUCAGUCCCCCGAGAAAGACCCGACAAGACUCCCACCAAACAGAUACCUCUCCGUGUCCCGGCCCCGUAACCUAGCAACAGUCUGCUCUGUCCUUUACAGGGCAUGACCUUUUUUUUUUUUUUUUACUCACGGUGAAGUGUGUAUUUGGACUUCAUAACAGGGCGUGUGCUGUUGGUAUGCCUUAAUGGACCACUGAAGUGUGUGUGUGUGUGUUUGUGUUGUGGUGUGUGUGUGUGUGUGUGUGUGUGUGUGUGUGUGUGUUUGUGUGCUUGUACAUAUGCAUGCGUGUAUGAAUAAGUAUGGAAUAUGUGAAUUUUGAAUAGGGGAGAGUGUUAUAAUGUGUGACCUUGGCUACAAUGAUCCUCAGUGACCUCCCGGUUGCAGGAUCCUACACUGUGUUAAAGGUUUUCACCUGCCAGUCACACUAACUCUGCAUUGUGCAAAAGCCAAUGUCAGGCAAAUGCUGUUUUCCCUGUAAAUGGUAGCUAGUUCUUUUACUUCUUAUUUUAUUGAAAUAGUAAUGCUGUUUCUGUGACUAGUUCUUAAAUUAUGCUUUUUUUCUCUAUUGUUUAUUCAUAGUUUUUAUUGAAUUAGUUUUUUUUUUCCUCUUGUCAUUCUUCUUGUUGUUCGUGUUGUUGUUGUUGUUUUUGUUUUUGUUGCUGUUGGCUGUAUGGAUGUUCAACUUUCUCUCUGACUGGAGACAAUAUGCUGAGAUUCAGUUGUUUCCAAAUUACCCCUCAACUCAAAAUAUGAGUACAUGUGUCCUAGUUUUCUUUCUAGUUUUAUGGAAAGCACAUCAAGAAAAGAACGUCAAGA